CCCACGGGCAUCUACACGGGUUAGGAAUUGUGGGAGCUGAAGUCCAAAACACCUCGAGGGCUGAAGUUUGUCCAUGCCUGCUGAAGAUGCAUCCUUGGCCUCAAAGGUGCUAUGAGGUUCAACUGCAAGCAUAUCGCGCAGACAAUAUUACUUCAACUCUCAGAAGCCCCGGCAAGGCAGUCCAAUGACCGAGAAUUCUGGGAGAUGUAUUCCAAAAACCUGUCACAGCAACGGUUUUGAAUUCUGACUCGUUAGUUCUUUUUGGCGCCCUUUUGGUGUGUCUGGGCAAUGCUGCAUUUGGUGGACCCUAUGUAGACUUGUCCACAGCUGCAUGGUAUACGGUAGACUUCUGCAGAAGUGAGAGAAUCGUAGCAUUUGUUGGAUUUUCUUAGUGGGUCUGUAGAUAGUUUGUAGGUUGUGUUUCUUCAUCAGCUUCCCUAUGUGGUCAGUGGUUCCUUUGAUGUGGUCAGUGGUUCCUUUGAUGUAUCCACUUUUCCUCUGGGUGGAUCUUUGUCUUUACUCUUUAGAUAUACUUUUGUGGACUUCAACUCCCAGAAGCCCCAGAAAAGCUGUCCAAUGACGGGAAUUCUGGGAGAUGUAGUCCCAAAAACAUGUCACAGCAAUGGUUUUUAAUUCUGGCUCCUUCCUGGUUGUUUUCGGCACCCUUAUCUCUACAGGGUGAAAAACCGACCAGUAGAGUCAGUAGAGCAUUAAAGUGUUUUUCCCAAGAGUUCAUACUGCCUCCUUUUUUAAAAGGCAGCUGUACUUUUCUUGUGUAAGAAAUGAAUGCUGACUGGCCUUUUUAAGGUGAGGAAGCACAGCCAUCCUUAUUAUAAAUUUUACCGCUUUGAUAUGAAACUGAAGUGGCGAGAACGUGAGUAAGGCAUGUACAUAGACAGCUAAGCGCAAGGUCUGACAGGAGGGGAAGGACCCCGCAGCGCACCGGAAGUUGGCGCAUGUAGUGGGAAAGAAGAUGGUGGCCUUGUAGCGACGCCUGCUCGUCUCAGGAGGUUUCUUCCUUCGCAGAAGAAGCUGUGUGAAGAUGGCUUCCUUGAAGGUACCAGUCAUUGAUGUCCAGAAUGAUAAUUUCAAAGAACUCUGGCCAUCCAUGCUUCUGGCCAUUCAAACGUCUAGCUUUGUAGCUGUUGACACGGAACUUAGUGGGCUUGGAUCAAGGAAGAGUUUGCUGAACCAAUGUAUUGAAGAGCGCUACAAGGCUGUUUGUACUGCUGCCCGGACACGCUCCAUUUUAUCUCUUGGAAUUGCUUGUUUCAAACAGCUACUUGACAAGACAGAAAACACAUACCUUUCCCAGAUCUACAAUCUGACCCUGCUCUGCAUGGAGGAUUAUGUCAUUGAACCACAAUCAGUUCAGUUCCUGGUACAACAUGGCUUUGACUUCAACAAACAGUAUUCUCAGGGGAUUCCUUAUCAUAAGGGCAAUGACAAGGGAAAUGAAAACGAGAGCCAGACUGUUCGUACUUUUUUCCUGGAACUGAUUCGAGCUCGAAAGCCUCUCAUCCUACAUAAUGGCCUAAUCGAUUUGGUCUUCUUGUACCAGUGUUUCUAUGCUCAGCUACCUGAUAACUUGGGUACAUUUACUGGUGACCUUUCAGAGAUGUUCCCAGCUGGGAUCUAUGACACCAAGUAUGCUUCUGAGUUUGAGACACGUUUUGUGGCCUCUUACUUAGAGUAUGCCUACAAAAAGUGCAAGAGAGAAAAUUGCAGAUUGAAAGACUCCAAGAAGGAGCACCUCACCAUAGAGUUCUGCAGCUACCCUGCCAGCAUAGCUUCCUAUAUUGACUACCGCCUCUGUUCUCUGUCUGAUAUCAGCCAACCUGGAAAUGACACUGCAAAUAAAGUCACUACCUGCCAGACAUUUUCUGCGUAUGGCUGGUGCCCAGAUGGACCAAGGUGUUCACAGUCUCAUAACAUUGAACUAAUAAUUACUGAAGAUGAAAACCACAAAGAGGGGAAGAGGAAGAAGAGGAAGCCAAGAUGGAGGCGGCGUAAGAGUGCUGCAGAUCCCUCUAACAAACCUGAGUUGGAAAGAGCUGAGAAGAAUGGGGGUGAAUAUUGCAACAUGGAAGAUGGGCCACCCUCCAAACAGUCCUGUCCUAGCAGCACUAUUGCUGCUGCAGACGGUGCAGGGAGAGGACCUGCCUCCAGCAAUGAGGAGAGUUUUAUGGAUGUGGAACGGGAACUAGGUUCUGAUACUGCAGGUGAUACCAAAAUGGAUGAAGAACAAAUCAACUUGGCUGACAGUGAGGGCUCCAUUUCCUCACCUUCCAGAGAUGGCCAACAGGAGGAGGGAGCAGGGCCUGAAGGAUCAAGGCCCAAGGCCCCAGUUGAGUGUGCAUUGGCGGCGGACUACUUACCAGGCACAGAGAACCCAGCAGUGUCUCUGCCUUGCAGUUCAGAGGGAGGUAUUCACAGGGCUGGGUUUGAUGCCUUCAUGACAGGUUACAUAAUGGCAUAUGUACAUAUGCUCAAGAAUGAUGAACACAGAGACUCAAGUGAAGGGCCUUGGUUGCCGGACUGCCACAACAAACUGUACCUCAGUGGGAAGUCAGUGCCACUUCAGAUUGUAAAAAGUUUAUUUGCAAAACCCUCCAGAGGUCACAGCCAGAAGAUGAAAUUGGCCUGGCUCAGUAUGUAAGAUAAGGAGACCUCCUAUGGGGGACAGCAGAUGAGAGCAACUUCUAGCCACAGUCCUCAAACUACCAAGUAGCUACUUGGAAUAGCUGGUAUAAGAAACCAAAUGCUUGUAUCUGAUAUAGUUUUUUUUUAAAAAAAUAUAUGUAAAAUUAAAUAACUCUAUAUAA